AUGAAGCUACUUCUGAUUGUGGUCAGCUCGAUUGCUGUUUUGGUUGCUGGUCAGCAAGAUGAGACGCAGAAACCAGAUGAUUUUCUUUGGAAUCGAUGGGAACCAAGAACCAUUGAUUGUGUGAGCAGUGGAAAGAAAGACGAUUGCGUUCUUCUUGCUCCAAAUUCCAGGAUUCCGUUUGACAUCUCCAAGUUCAAAUGUCGUCGUGAACCAAUGCCACAAACGAAUUGGAACACAUUGGCUGUCAAUUCCACCACUAGAUUGGCAUGCCCACUGAACUGCCCUGUCAAUUUUGAUCUCUCUGUUCUCCAAAAACGUCCAUAUGUGAACAAGAACUGUCAAAAGUACUACACGUAUGGAAAAUACUGGGAUGUGGCUGCAAAUGAUUGGUACAUAUGGCAAACGGAACCAUGUGUCGCUGCCAUUUCAACCCAUUGUCGUUUCAAUGACGUCCCAAUCACCUACAAUCCGACGAAGCAUACUGGUAAGAACUUGGAAGAAGUGAAAUUGGAAGGAGAGAUCUUGCAAACGAAAAACAGUGAGCAGAGAAAGAAAGUGGUUGUUGCCUAA